CUUUUCGGGCUUACAUCCCCCUGGGCAUUGCUUGACCGUCAUACUGCAUUUCAGAUCGUCCACAGAGGUGCAGUGUCUGAAACAUGUGCAAGCGUGCACGUGAUUGACGGAGACAUGUAAUUGAAUGCUGCCUCCUCUUUUCGCUACUUGUUUCUUCGCCCCAUUGACUUGGGUCAGCUCUGAAUUAUGACAGCCGACAUUCCGGCUCGAGGAUCCGGUCAGGUGACCCUGCCCAUCACACCUCCGCUUCUCUUGUAGGCAGUCCUACACGCCUACCGUACCCAUGCCUUACAUCGAGAUGACGAACGACGAGAGCCCAGCGGAGUCAGCUGGCCUCGUCGGGCACCUGCGCAAGACCCAGCUGUGCUCGUUCUUCUUUGAGGGCAGGUGCAAGUAUGGCAGCUCGUGCGGAUUUGCUCACUCGGACUCGGAGCUGAGGCCGGCCCCCGACUUCCGCUACAUGCACAUGUGCAAGGCCUUCCUCGGCGGCAGGUGCAAGCGGAAGCACUGCAGGUUCGCGCACGGCGUGCAGGAGAUCCGGCAGGGUGUGAUCACUCCGCCCAGGGACCCGCCGAGCCGCACCAAGCUCACGGCACGCGCCAAGCCGUUCACCCCCAGCUGCUUGCAGCCUGUCAAGCUGCCCCCGGGCCUCAGCCCUCCGGAUGUCGCACCUCCGGUGGCCCGCGACGCCAGCGAGGGCCCCCCCGCGGACAAGACGAGCCUGCACGAGAUGCUGAAGACCUACUUCGGCCGGCCCGACCCCGCCUGGUCGGUCGGGGAGGACGGCUCCGCCAGCCCGCGCCUGUACUCGACGUCGGCGGGCACCAGCUCCGACGCGGACGUGGGCGACUCGCUGAGCCCGUGGGAGGCCUUGCAGUUGGGCGUGCCCGUGCACCUCUAGCCGCGCAGGGCACCGCAGCAGGUGCCCGGCGGCUGGCCUGGCGGCGGGGUGGUCUGGCAGCCGCCACUGUGACGCGAUCGGCGCCCCCUGGAGUCCAGGGGGGGCGCCCGCGGCCUGGACGUCAUGCGGCCGUGACCGGCCGCGGUCCACCGGAUUGGGCACGGCCCCUUCCGUUCAUCCGACGCCAGCUGUGCACCACGAUCGGCUUGCUGUACAAUGGGCGUCCUCGUAGGCCCGUAGGUCCGCAGGGGUGGCGAGAGGGGGCUUCUCGAGAAGGUCGCCCUCCUGUCACUGCUUAGCCCUGCGCACAAAAACGAUCUCCUGGCAACACGUGUCACAGUGAGCAGCACCCUGUCGGGGGUGCCAGACGGCCCGAGCUUCUGGGUCAGGCUGCAGGUGCCCUGGCGGCUGCCAGUCGGCUACCCUACUUCGUCUACGGUACGCUGCGGGCCACCAGAUAUGGCAUUUGCUCUGCACGGCGCUGUGCUUCGCUGUUCUGCGCUGUCAGGGGAGG